AUGACCUCGAUGAUCGCGCUGCUCUGGGCCGUCAACGCCGCUGCGUUCAUCGGCGUUGGUGUCGCCAUGACGCAGUGGUCGCUCGUCGCGACCGGCUCGUUCCUUCGCGUCCUUUUCCUCGACAUCGUGUUUUACCCGUCGCCGUCGCCGCGGGCUCAGCCCCAAGCGCCGGACCACAGCGCGCUCACGCUCUUCAAUCUGCUCGUGGCCUCGGUGUUUGCAAUGAUGGCGGCCGAAGGCCACGUGCGUGGCCUCUCGCGCAUGACCUUUGGGCCGUCGCCGCCGCCGCUGUCGAUGGCGCUGCAGGUCGGCCUCGCCUGCGUCUUUGAAAACACGGUCGAGUACUAUUGGCAUCGGUUUCUGCACACGCGGGCGCCGUACGCCCGUGUGCACAAGGUGCACCAUUACUACAAGUCGCCGCGGCCCUUCGACGACAUGUACAUGCACCCGGUCGAGGGCAUGGCGUACUACUGGGUGCUGUACGGGCCGCCGUAUGUCUUUGCGAUGCAUUGGCAGAGUUUUUCUGUGUACAUGGCGCUCAUGGGGCUCUUUGGCUUGCUCGACCACUCGGGCAUUGCCGUGCGGAUGCCGCUUGUGUACGACACGCGCGACCACGAGCUCCACCACCGGCGCGUCAAUGCCAAUUACGGCUUUCCGUUUCAGUACUUGGACGUUCUCCACGGCACGUACGUGGCGCCGCAGACGACAAAGCCACUUUAG